CUAAUUCUUCUCCGUGACGAAAGUCAAAGAAAAAAAAAAGUCUCAAUCCAAAUCCCACCGCUAACACAAGGAAUAAAAAAAAUGGUGAACCUUCACUUUUUCACGUAUUGAUAAAUCUCCUCUUUACUACUUAACACUUCCUCGUUGUAAUCGCCGACGGCUUAUGCUGGUUUUACCGAUCGCUUUUUCCUCUCCGGUGUAUCUCCGGUGGCCGGAAAUCUCUUCUAAAACGAUUUUAUAAUUACUAUGAAGAGCAGCACCAAGGUCAAUAUCAACAACGGAGAUCAUAAUCAGACCAAAAACGGUACCAAUGGCUUUUUGCCUAAUUCGAUAAAAUUCAUCUCUACCUGUAUCAGAACCGCUUCCUCCGGUGUCCGUUCAGCUAGCGCUUCCGUCGCUGCUUCUCUCUCUGCAGAUUCGCAGGAGAUCAAGGAUCAGGUGUUGUGGUCUUCUUUUGAUAGAUUGCACACAAGUGAAUCUUCUUUCAAGAACGUUCUUUUACUAGGUUAUACCAACGGUUUUCAAGUCCUUGAUAUCGAUGAUGCAAGUGAUGUCAGCGAAUUCGUGUCAAGGCGUGAUGAUCCGGUUACGUUUCUACAGAUGCAGCCUUUACCUGCUAAAUGUGAUGGAAUCGAAGGGUUUAGAUCAUCGCAUCCGAUACUUUUAGCAGUUGCUGAUGAAGCCAAGGGUUCAGGUCCUGUUGUCAAUGGCAGAGAUGGAUCAGUUAGAAAUGGUUAUGACGAUCCUCUUUCGCUCUCUCCGACGGCUGUGCGAUUCUAUUCACUUAGGUCUCACAACUAUGUUCAUGUUUUGAGAUUCCGAUCUACUGUCUAUAUGGUUAGAUGCAGUCCCCGGAUUGUAGCUGUUGGCCUCGGUUCACAGAUUUACUGUUUUGAUGCUUUAACUCUUGAAAACAAAUUCAGCGUCCUCUCAUAUCCGGUUCCUCAGCUUGGAAACCAUGGGAUAUCUGGGGUCAACGUCGGAUAUGGUCCAAUGGCUGUCGGACCGAGAUGGUUAGCUUAUGCGUCCAAUAGUCCUUUGUCAUCUAGUAUAGGUCGUUUAAGCCCUCAGAAUGUUACUCCUCCUGGAGUCAGUCCAUCUACGUCGCCGAGCAGUGGUAAUCUAGUGGCGAGAUACGCCAUGGAAUCUAGUAAGCAUCUUGCCGCUGGGUUACUAAAUUUGGGCGACAAGGGUUACAAGACAAUAUCUAAAUACUGUCAAGAUCUUAAACAUGACGGUCCUGGUGCUUCUCUUUCGUCCAGUCCGGGCUGGAAAGUUGGUCGGGGCGCAUCUUCAGUAGAGUCAGAUGUUGCUGGCACGGUUAUUAUCAAGGAUUUUGAAUCCCGAGCUAUUAUAUCACAAUUCAGGGCUCACACUAGUCCUAUCUCUGCUCUAUGUUUCGACCCAAGUGGCACUUUAUUAGUAACUGCCUCAAUCCACGGUAACAAUAUUAACGUUUUCCGCAUUAUGCCAUCGCCUACGAAGAAUGGACAAGGUGCUCAAAGCUAUGAUUGGAGCUCAUCUCAUGUGCCUCUCUACAAACUACAUCGUGGAAUGACAUCAGCUGUAAUACAAGAUAUUUGCUUUAGUAGCUACAGCCAGUGGAUUGCAAUUGUUUCAUCUAAAGGUACCUGCCAUAUUUAUGUUUUAUCCCCGUUUGGUGGAGGAAAUGUUCUUGAGAUAAGGAAUUCUCAUGUCGAUGGACCAACACUUGCUCCAACAUUGUCCCUGCCAUGGUGGUCGAGUCCAUCGUUCAUGACCACUCAUUUUUCGUUUCCACCACCAGCAUCGGUAACUCUCUCUGUGGUUAGCCGAAUCAAAUGCAACACUUUCUUCCACACCGCAAAUUCCGUUGUUGGAAAACCGUCUUUCCCUUCUGGCUGUCUUGCUGCUGUUUUCCAUCAAUCCGUGCCACAUGAAUCACAUUCGUCAGCUCAUGCCUUAGACUAUUUACUGGUUUACACUCCAUCUGGUCAUGUUGUUCAAUACAAACUCAUUCCAUCUCUUGGAGGAGACCAGGCUGAGAGCAAUUCUCGUAUCGGAGCAGCUUCUGCGAUGAACUCUGAAGAGGAAUUGAGAGUGAAAGUCGAACCCGUUCAGUGUUGGGAUGUUUGUCGAAGAACAAAUUGGCCAGACAGAGAGGAGAACAUAUCCGGUCUUACUUUUGGUGGACGCAAAUUUGCAGAAGCCAACGUUGAUACUUCUGAUAAUGAAGAUUUAGCUAAGCCUCUUGAGAAACACCAUGUUUAUCUUGCGAAUGCUGAGGUGCUGAUAAACUCCGGAAGAAAACCCAUCUGGCAAAAUUCAGAGAUAUCUUUCUAUCCGAUGUUUCCACCGAAUAUUGAUGGCAAGAACCUGAAUUUUCAUCAUGGUGGUGGGGAGAUAGAAAUCGAGAAAGUAUCUGCAAAUGAAGUUGAUAUUAGGAGGAAGGAUCUGCUGCCUGUGUAUGAUAAUUUUCACAGUGUUUAUUCUAGUAUGCGCAACAGAGGAUUUCCUGUUGAAAGAGAUUCAGAUUCUUCUUCUUCUGAUACAGGACAAGUUAAAGGUAUCGCUUACCAUGAGGAUGAAGAAGGAAGAGGAAGUAAUUCCCAUUUUGCACUAACUCAGAAUCAAAAUCCUCAUAGCGGGAUCGUAACAUUCAAGCAACCUGUGGUUUCCAUUUCUUCCGCUGUGAAAGACACCGACUAUACUAUAGACGACGCUCAUCUGUCACCAAAGAACGCCUCCCUGCCCGCUGAAACAACAAUUGAAAACAGCAGCGGGACAAGCGGAGAUUCAAAUGUAAGUUCUAACCGUUCUGAUCUGAGCAUGAAUGCAGCAGAUGAAAGUGAGGAGGGACCAAUUGAAGGCUCCCCAAACUUUGAGGAGUUUUUCAAGGAAACUGCUAAAGAAGCAGUGAAAAAAGAUGCGUCAUUUGAUCAGAGAAAACUAGAUGAUGGUAAUGUUGAUGAUGAUGAUGAUGACGACGAUGACGACGACGAUGACGACAUGCUUGGUGGUGUUUUCGCUUUCUCCGAAGAAGGUUGAGUUUAGUUUAAAUUAUGGCCAAGCUCUAAUGGAGGAGGGUUCACUUACUAAUCCCUUUCGCUGCAAUUUACUCACUGAUGGAUCUUAAUACCCUGAAACACAUUCAAAAUCAAUUCUCUUUUUAUCAUCUUUUUCUGUAAAUACUUGUAAAUGUAUUAUUCGUAAUCAACAGUCUCUCGAUUUUCAUGGACGACUGUUUUCUUUGUUUCUUUUGUAUUUUUCUUAGUGUAACUCUGUUCCAUUAAUCA